GUGAUUAUUAAUUAAAUUUGGAUCACAUUUUAGAUAACCAAAAUAGAAUGAACGUAGUGAUAAGUUUCUGCAAAAUUCAAAUCCCUUCCAGGGUUCAGAACCAAAAUAAAGAAAAGAAAUUCCCAUAUACACCCAUACGGAUCCCGACUUGACACUUCCCAAGGAGCAACAGUUUCUUUAAAAGGAAAAAUGUCGGUAUCACCGUAAACUGUACGCGUAGACAGUAUUUGCAAAUUGCAAAUGUUAAAUAAUUUCCCGCAAAACCAUCUAAAAAUCGAAGCCCAAUCUCUCGUUGCGGUUUUCUCUCCAAGUUCAACCACACAAAAGAUACGAGACUAGACGUGAUGCCGAGAUAGAGGCCAGAUCUCUUCCAUUACUUCCAUCUCAACGGUCUUCAUCUCUCCACUGCUUCUUCUUACAAUAAGAAGAAUCCAUCACCGAUUUUCUGGUGCUUCUUCUCUGAACGAAGUCAACUGCUUCGUCGCCGUUUUGACUGACCGGCUUUCUUCUUCUCCUUACACCGCAGAUCUAGGAGAUCAGUUUGAGGGAGGUGAUUUUGGUUGAAACCAAACGAUAAAGAUGUCGUCGAGCACGAUUCGGAAAGCGAUCGGGGCCGUUAAGGACCAAACGAGCAUUGGAAUAGCCAAGGUAGCGAGCAACAUGGCGCCGGACCUCGAGGUGGCGGUCGUGAAGGCGACGAGCCACGACGACGAUCCAGCUGACGAGAAAUACAUACGAGAAAUCUUGAAUUUGACCUCGUACUCACGCGGAUACGUUCACGCUUGCGUGUCGGCUGUGUCGAAAAGGCUAGGGAAGACACGUGACUGGAUCGUGGCACUCAAAGCACUGGUGCUUGUUCACAGGCUGAUGAAUGAUGGAGAUCCGGUGUUUCAAGAAGAGAUCUUGUAUGCUACAAGGAAAGGUACGAGGUUGUUGAAUAUGUCGGAUUUUAGAGAUGAGGCUCACUCGAGUUCUUGGGAUCAUUCUGCUUUUGUAAGAACCUAUGCUAUGUAUUUAGAUCAAAGACUUGAAUUGAUGCUUUUCGAUAGGAAAAGAGGCAGUGGCAGUGGUUCUGCGGGAAGUAGUCAUGGAAAUGGUGAUGAUAGAUACAGCGUGAGAGACAAUUUCCGGUCACCGCCACCAAGGCAGUAUGAUUAUGAUUAUGGGGAUUUCAGAGGUGAUAAUAACGGGUAUGGUGAUUAUGGGAUGACCAGGAGAACGAGGUCUUUUGGUGACAUGAAUGAGGCAGUUGGGAGAGAUGGGAGAGAAGAGAAGAAAACAGUGACCCCAUUGAGGGAAAUGAAGCCUGAGAGGAUUUUUGGGAAGAUGGGUCACUUACAGAGGUUGUUGGAUCGGUUCUUGUCUUGUAGGCCUACAGGGUUGGCUAAGAAUAGUAGGAUGAUCUUGAUUGCUUUGUAUCCUGUUGUGAAAGAAAGUUUUCAGUUAUAUGCAGAUAUUUGUGAGGUUUUGGCUGUGUUGCUUGAUAGAUUUUUUGAUAUGGAGUACCCAGAUUGUGUUAAGGCAUUUGAUGCAUAUGCGAGUGCAGCGAAGCAGAUUGAUGAGUUGAUUGCAUUUUAUAAUUGGUGUAACGAUAUCGGUGUGGCUAGGUCAUCGGAGUAUCCUGAGGUGCAGAGGAUUACAGAUAAGUUGUUGGAGACAUUGGAGGAAUUUGUGAGGGAUAGAGCUAAAAAGCCAACGAGUCCAGAGAGAAAGGAGCUUCCUCCUCCACCUAAAGAGGAAGAGCCUGAACCAAAUAUGAAUGAAAUAAAGGCGCUACCUGCACCUGAGAAUUAUGCUCCACCACCGCCACCAUCAGAGCCGGAGCCUGUUAAACCUGCAGAACCCCAGGAGGAUUUAGUGAAUUUGAGGGAUGAUGUUGUCACAGCUGAUGAUCAGGGAAACAAAUUUGCUUUGGCUUUGUUUAGUGGUCCUGCAGCAAAUAAUGGUAAUGGAUCAUGGGAAGCAUUCCCAUCAAAUGGGCAGCCUGAAGUGACAUCUGCUUGGCAAACCCCAGCUGCUGAACCAGGGAAGGCAGAUUGGGAAUUGGCUUUGGUUGAGUCAGCUAGUAAUUUGUCGAGGCAAAAAGCAGCUUUGGGUGGUGGGCUUGAUCCAUUAUUGUUGAAUGGCAUGUAUGAUCAGGGAAUGGUAAGGCAGCAUGUUAGCUCUGGUCAGUUAAGUGGGGGGAGUGCCAGUAGUGUGGCAUUGCCAGGGCCAGGGAAGACACCGGUUUUAGCUCUUCCUGCACCAGAUGGAACAGUUCAGAAUGUCAAUCAAGACCCAUUUGCUGCGUCAUUGAGCAUUCCACCUCCUUCAUAUGUGCAAAUGGCUGACAUGGAAAAGAAGCAACAUUUACUUGUCCAGGAACAGCAGGUAUGGCAGCAAUAUUCGAAGGAUGGAAUGCAAGGUCAAUCUAGUUUGGCCAAGAUUAACAACCCUGGAUAUUAUGGACCUGGACCGAUGCCAGUGACGCCUUAUGGAAUGCCACCUGUUAAUGGAAUGGGGCCACCGCCCGGGUCUGCCAUUGGUUUCAAUUUAGUUGGUGAAUUGACCCAAAAAAGAGAGAGAGAGGUUUGGGUUUAUAGCAAUGUUAAUGCAUGCAUCUGUUUAUGGCCCUCUUUGUGGAUCCGGAAGAUCUGUGUUUUGUAAUGCGUUAUACCAAUAUUUAAGCUUCUAAACCAGAAUACCUGAUUUGUUGAUCCUGGAAGCUAUUUUGGAUUACUGCUUGUAUUUGUGGGCUUUACAUUCUUGUCUAUACUACUCCUCAGCUUUCAUGUUUCAUCUAAUUUCAUAUACAUUUACAUGACAAGCUAUGCUGGUAGAAUAUGUUUGUCUUAAAUUAACACUUGACUGAUGAUAUGGUUGACCAUAUUAAUCGCUUUUAGUUCAAUACUUUGUAAUUUAGAUGUUCUGUUUAAGUAAGUAAUAUUUAAACUUAAGCUGCCCGGAAAUCCUAUUGACAUGUGAUGAGAAUCCGGUAAUUGAUUGUAGAAGUCAAGCCUUACAAAUUGUCACCAUGGCAAUAAUUGUGAGAGAGAAAAUGAAAAGGACCUGAAAUCCCCAAUGAUAUAUUGAAAUGUAAAUUAGAAUUCUGGGUUUUCUCCUCCUCCUGGUAGUUAAAAGGCUGUUGUAGUUGUAGUUGUUAUUUAUAAUAUAGAUAGGACUUUGUUCUACCUGGAACAUUCCCUUUCACUGCAACUGCUUAGUUGUGCUAGCUUUGGAGCUGAGGAAAUCUUGGAGUAGGGGAGGCAUUAAAUGCAUAUAAACAGUUUUUAACUUUUAAGCCCCCAUUGACUUGUAAAAUUCUCCUGUGUUUGAGUGUCAUCGAGGGGAAUCAAAAUUUGACACUUACAUGUUGGUCCACGCAGAAUUUAGGCAUCACCGUUGUGUCCUAGGUGCUCCAUGGGACCAUGGUUAACGUGAGCUUAUAAACAAAAAAUCAAGUGAAUAAAGCAGCAAUCAAACAUCCGCCAAGCUAAUGGAGUUGAAAUCAAAACAGUGGUUGAAGUCAAGAAUCAUGAUGUUAAUAGCAUUGGAAAAGAACUAUGUUGUCCUUGUUUGGGACGGUCAGUAGAAAAGGACGAGCCAGGGUACCAAGUCCACAUAUUCUCCCUAACACCCCCCCCCCCAUUAAAGAGCAUGACCCGCAUUUUCCACAAUCUUUAGAAUAGAGCCAGGCAAAAUCACCAUUUCAUUGGCAUCUUUUAACUUACCUUGUCUUAAUCAGACACGUAGAAAUCAGCUCUUGUUGUGUGUGGGUCUUUUGGGACUAAAGGACACGUGAUUUUUCCUACUUAAUGGCACCCAAUAAACAUAGCAUCUUUCAACAUUUUGGAAGAUCAUUCACAAACAGAAA